UGGGCAGUCGUGGCGCCGCUACGCAAUCGUCCCGACGCGGAUGUCUAUCACUAUCAUAAAAGCCUCCACGUGAUCCAGUCGAAGGCAGUGUCUCAGUGGUCGCAACUCGUUUAAGUCGCGAUGUCAUACCUCCUCCUCCGGCGAUGAUAUCCAUCAGAUGAUCGGAAGCGUCCAUCCACUUGAGAUAUUAGUAGUAAACGCGCUCUAUCCUCAGUAGUAUCCACGUGCCACUACGGUAAAGGAAACCCUUCGAAGGACCACCGAGUAACAUUCGUGCAACGUCCCUCAACAAAACCGAUAGUGUAUUUAUUUAUUAUAUAAUACAUCAUCAACAGUGACUGUUGGACUUCCGGACUUGAAAAUUUACGAGCUCCCAAGAACAGUGACCACCCAAAAUGACACUAGUUUGAAUUGGGUCCCUUGUUGAAACCUUUCCCUUCGAGAUCCGUACCUCUCUCACAAGUGUGUUUUUUUUUGGUUUUUGAUGUUGAACAACAUAAUGAGUUCCUACCAGUUCGUAAACUCUCUGGCCCAGUGCUACGGGCAGCAGGCGCGACCCGCCGCGACGGAGCAGGCCUCGAGCCCUGGUGCAGACUAUUACAACCCCAAUGGAGCUGCUGCAGCGAGCUACCCUCCGGCAUGUUAUUCGCCGCCCCAGGUGCCCGGUCCACAGUACCCGCAGCACCCUUACGCCACGCCGGCCACCGGACAUGGGCUUCAACCCACGAUGGGUGAUUACACCCAGCUGCAGCCGCAGAGGAUCCCGACGAAUCCGUCGCACCUGCAUCACGCCAGUCCCGGUGCUCAGAGUCCUGGCAUGCUUAACGCGGCUGCCAGCUGCAAAUACGCAGAUUCUACAUCAUCCACGGGGGUGGCUUCGCCUCAGGAUCUUAGCACUACUGGCCCACCGACCCGCAGCACGCCGCCGCUUGCAGGAAGUCAGACCUCGGCGAACGCCAGUGUUUCCAUCUCCAAGAGUAUCACUUCUCCGCUAUCUGUCAGUACUUCCCCGCAAGGAAAACAGGCUUCAUCAUCCACCGCGUCUCAGAACCUCUCGUCUCCGGCAUCCAGCACUAGUUCGACUUCCAGCAACGAGAAGUCUGGAAACAAUAACAACUCUAAAGGCGGAAGCUCGCAGAAUCCGCCGCAGAUCUACCCAUGGAUGAAACGAGUUCAUUUGGGUCAAAGUACUGUAAAUGCGAACGGUGAGACGAAGAGACAGAGGACGUCGUACACGAGGUACCAAACGUUGGAGCUGGAGAAGGAGUUCCACUUCAAUAGGUACCUGACCCGGCGGAGGCGCAUCGAGAUCGCCCACGCUCUGUGCCUCACCGAAAGGCAGAUCAAAAUUUGGUUCCAGAACCGUCGCAUGAAAUGGAAGAAGGAACACAAGAUGGCCAACUUCCAUCUGGCCUCGCUUCAGGAUGAGGGCUACGCAUUCCACCAGGCCAUGGGGAUGGGAGGUAUGGGGCCCAUGCAGCGCGGCCUCUACGCCUGCGGUAGUCCCUACAGCUAGCCCUGGGCCGCCUAUAACGGAGACUGCGGACCCUCGUAAACGGUCACCAAUCGGAUCUCAGCGCAGUCCCCGGCCUGCGGUCCCGCGGGCCAACGUUGGCCCUUCCAGCGUGGGCCCGCGCCGGAUCGCAGGUUUCCCCAUCCCCUAAUUUACUUCUUUUUUUUUUAUUUAUUCUCUGCCCGACUUCAGCUAAUAAAUUAGUGCCAAUGGACGUUCCGUGAGCAAAUUGGUUCAUCAAUAUAAAUGAUAAUUAUGAAUGUAAAGAAAGAGCGGCAUGAAACAAAAGUGUGAUUUAAACUAAACGUUAAGUAAAAAAGUUAAAUAAAUAAAUAAAUGAAAACAAG